GUGCUAAGUUGCAGCAGUCGUGUCAAAGUUCACUAUAUAGAGAGCUCAGUGAGCUGAUCAGAGAGAAAACAUUCUGCUAGCCCAGCUCCUACAAUUCGCAAUCACUUCCUAACCUCACCCUUUUUAACAUAUUUGAUCACUUUGAUUCUCUGUUCUUUUUCAUAUUAUUUUUCCGUGCAUGAAGGAGGUUCUAUAAGUUGUGAUCUUUUUGUUUUAUUAUCACUUGCUUGUCGGAGAGUUGACUUCAUAGCAUUGGCUUCAGCUGCGCGCUGCUGCUCGCACCACCUCACAAGAAAAGGGAGAAGCAGCAAUAUUUUUUUUACCAGUUGAUGAUUUUCUUCAUGACUUGAGCUGGAACUUGAUAGCGCUCUGCUGCUAGUGUGUAGCCUACAUCAAUUGUGUGUUUUAUGCUGCUGUCACGUCGUCUAUACGUUCAACUUACUGCUCCGUUUCUUGAAUAGGCUACCUCAUUUCAUUAUCGCAAUCAUUUGCUCUUUUUUUUUCUCCCUUACGAGUCUCCUGAAUGGCUGACUGCAAGCGCCCCUGGACUUGGCCUCUAAGCGCAAUGCUGCGAUUCAGCUCGCCAUCACAUCAGUUUUAAAACGUGUGCUUAGCGUCGUCUAUAACAGCAAUACAAUUUGACAUUUUAGCCAGAUUCAACGGACAAUCGACAACAGUAGGCUUUUGGCAUUUAUUUAUUUAUUUGACUAUUCAUUUUGAUUACAGCGUGCUGCAUUCUUUUGAGAGAACAAGCACCGCGAAACCAAAAACGGCAGACAAAAAGUUUCCUUACGUUGACUGAUAGAUAUGGCAAUGGUAGUGUGGAGAGACUCCCAGGACGAUGUGGCUGAGACCCAAGGUACCCUUUCUUCGCAAUCUCAAGGAGGACUAUCCCUUCCGACCCCUCAGUUGAAUCUGUCAGGCUCUCAGGUCGCCCCUCCGACCCCUCAGACACCAGUCCAAGGACCCCCGAACAACACUGUACAGUCUACGCCGACAAACCAGACGACGCAGUCGGAGAAACAGCAGCCACAGCACAUAGAAUGCGUGGUUUGCGGGGAUAAAUCUAGUGGUAAACACUAUGGCCAAUUUACUUGCGAGGGGUGCAAAAGCUUCUUCAAACGGAGCGUACGAAGGAACCUCAGUUACACAUGCCGUGCCAACAGGAAUUGUCCCAUUGACCAGCACCAUCGCAAUCAGUGUCAGUACUGCCGCCUCAAAAAAUGCCUGAAAGUUGGCAUGAGACGGGAAGGUAUUGGAAUUUUUAUUUUCUUAUUGAUAUAUUUGUCCUGUAUGUCGUGCGCUGAAUUAAUUAUCUUAAUUAAUAAUUGUAUGUGUGGCCGUCCCCCAUAUUCUCUCCCGGACUCUUCUUCCCAAGGCUGCGCGGCCGAAGCACGCAAUGGAGCCGCCUGCAUUUAGUGCUGUAGACCUAGCGUAACAAACCUCCCUUUUCGCGUUCGAUAAAGAGUUAUAUUUCUUAAGCUCCCUAUUAAUAAUGUGGCCUUCAGAAACAAUAGUCAUACGAGUUUGGAUGUAGAUUAUUAGAGCUGAACCGUCCUCUUGGAAGAGACAAAAUGGAUAUGCAUCUGUAUUUGAAUACAAGCACAUAUAGGCUACGGCGCUAUUAUGGCGAGUGUGGAGUGAAGAGACAGCGUGUUUAGAUCCCACACAUUACGUGUCGUGUUAAUCUCGACCAAAAAACGGAGCUGUACAUAGAAAAGGCCAUAUGUGUAUCUUUAGAAUUGUUCUAUUCAAUGAUCAGUCGAAAAUAGUAGUCAAUAUAAAAUUAGCCGAAUAGAUUGCUAAGUAGGUUAAGGGUUACAAUAUGCAAGAACCGCCUUGCCUUUGUGCUUCUAUUCAGUUAGCUCAUGUUGUUGUUGUAGUCCAACAACAAAAUUAGAACGUUAAACCCAGAUUUGUACUUCUAAAAUGUUUCAUAGAUAAUCAUGACUUUUCCGGGCAAUACGCUUGUAUCGAUCUCUACAGUAAUUAACAGUCAUUGUUUGCAUAGCCUACAUUUUAUUAGGCUAUAAUUGUUGUAACCUAUGUAGGCUUAUUGUUUUUGUUUAUAAUGUUGGAUCUAUAGAUUUCAUCAUAGCAAUUGGAUAGCAAAAGCAAUGUCUAAACUCGUAUUCAGCAUGUGUAUUCCACGAACUGCUAUAGUGUAACAAUAUUUGGCAAGCCUCCUGGUCAGGAGGGUUACAUGUCUCUUGAUGUGUAGAAUUCAGGCAUCAAUAUCUGCAGUUUCUCUUUUUACUGCAGCGGUGCAACGGGGACGGAUGCCACCCACACAGCCACACCAUGGUCAGUUCGCCUUGACAAAUGGGGACCCACUGCACUGCCAUUCCUACUUAUCCGGAUAUAUCUCUCUACUGCUGAGAGCGGAGCCCUACCCAACGUCCCGGUAUGGCAGUCAAUGCAUGCAACCCAACAACAUCAUGGGCAUCGAAAACAUAUGUGAACUGGCGGCCAGGAUGCUGUUCAGCGCCGUGGAGUGGGCCAGGAAUAUCCCCUUCUUUCCAGACCUUCAGAUUACUGACCAGGUGGCGCUUCUGCGGUUGACCUGGAGUGAGUUAUUUGUGCUCAAUGCCGCACAGUGCUCCAUGCCUCUCCAUGUGGCUCCUCUUCUGGCGGCGGCUGGCCUACAUGCCUCCCCCAUGUCUGCAGACAGAGUGGUCGCAUUUAUGGACCACAUUAGGAUCUUCCAAGAACAAGUGGAAAAGCUGAAAGCUUUGCACGUUGACUCUGCUGAAUACAGCUGCUUAAAGGCAAUUGUGCUCUUCACAUCAGGUAAACUCAAAAUUGUAACAGAAUAUUACAUUUCCAGUUAUGCAGUGUGAGAAUGUGUUUAGGUCACGUGUGCUUGAACUUUCCCCGUUUGAAAACAAUGCUAGGCUAGGCAUGCAAUUAAAUAUAUAAACAGUGCAAAGUUUUCAAACGCCUGGCCUGUCCUAAAAUCCCAUAGAGAAAAAAAGCAUAUAAGCUAUCAACUAACUGCCUGUAAGCCUAUAUCAAUGCACUGUUGGGCAUUAGUCAUAAAAUGGCCCAUCAUUUACCUUUACUGAUUGGUCAGGCAUAGCUACACACUUGAUUAAAUGUACAUCCUGUGUAUACGCUGUCCCCAAAAUAGGCUGCUCUAAAAGAUAACUUUGACCCACAUCAUAAAAGUCACUAAACUAGUAUUUCAGUGAAGAAAUGCCAUCACAAACAAACUGUCGAUAUUUUAUUGAAAUUACACUUUGAGAAUAAUUUGCUUACCUUUAAGAUAUAUUGUAUAGCCUAUGUGGAAUCACUUGUUUGUAUUUAUAAUGCAUUGACAGAUAUUAAUGAUGUCACGCUCUAAGGGGGAGGGGUAUAGAAAAGGAAAGACGGGCCUAAUGCUCCAUUUGUUAAACCACUGCAUACAACGUAGCCUAUUCCCGCCAGGGAGGGCCAGAAAUUGUAUGGAAUAGCUUAUCUUAUUGACGAUUUGAUAAUAAAAUAACAACUAUUUGCCUUUCUACCACAUUUAGCCUGACCACACGACAGAUAUUUCAGUUACUGUGGGAAAAUACUUUUCAAUUCCCCUCUGUUCUGUUUGGGAGAUCUGGGGAUCGAAUGCAUUUUAUGGACUUGUUCCAGAACUGGGUCAUGACCUAGACUUCCCUGCUAUAUGAUUACAUUACAUAGGUCUCUGAAAGUACAGACCUAUAAUAUAAUAAUAAUAUGCCAUUUAGCAGACGCUUUUAUCCAAAGCGACUUACAGUCAUGUGUGCAUACAUUUUUAUGUAUGGGUGGUCCCGGGGAUCGAACCCACUACCCUGGCGUUACAAGCGCCAUGCUCUACCAAUUGAGCUACAGAGGACCAUGCAGAAUUCAGCAAUAAAUAAUCUAAUUGAUAAAUUGUUUUUACAAUAGGCAUACACCAUUGAAUUAUUUUAUAUAGCCAACAUUUUGCAAACUAGGCUAUUGGCCUAUUCUACAAAAAUACCUGGGCGGUUUAAACAAUAUAUGUUCAUUUUAUUGCGGGAAUUAUGUAUUCAAUGAAUAUGUAGAGUUUGCACUGCUACAUAUCAUUGACCGCCAUUUUUCUUGGUUAUUACGGUGACUUGGUUAUUACAAUCGCUGUUAGGGGUAGCUUCGGUUUCUAGCCCUUCUUCAAGCCCAAUCAAAACGCAGUACAGAGGUCACCAUGUCACAACUCUCUUUCCCUCUCUGCCUGCGUUCGUGCGUUGGUGUGUGUGUGUGUGUUAACCCAAACUCCUAUUUAAAUGUAAGCAUUUGUAAUUAAGUUGGGUGCCUGUCCAGUUCCUUUUAAACAAUAGCCUACAGUUUCCAAAAAUAAGGCAAUAAAUAAUGACUUUGCCUGUUCUUAUUCACCGCGCUACAGUGACAUUAAUAACCACAUGAUAUAGGCUAUUGAUAAAUGGACAUAAACGGCUACGAUUAUAAGACCGUUUCUCAAGAAAACGUGGUUCAUUCAAUGUAAAUUAAACAAAAUAUAGCCUAUGUUCGCAAACAGAUGGGUAUCUUCUUUAACAAUAAAACAAUGUAGGCCUACUGAAUAUGAUCAUGAUGGUGAUAUUAGUGGCCAUGACUUGCUUAUGUUUGAUUUGACAGAGUGAUAUCAAAAACUAAAUGUUUGAUUAUAGGCUACGUAAUCACAUGCAGUUUGAUUGGUUUUUAUUGUUUAAUCAACAUGAAAUAGGUUAUGUUAUGUUAUAGGCUACAAGCACACCUCAGCGACCAAAUUUAACACCGGAAAAGGGGGAUGUUUUCUUUAAAUUUACAAACAGCCUAAAUUACAAAAUAUUUUUAAGCGCACCUGUCACGUAAUAUACCGUAUUGCCAACGAGAGGGAUCUUAUGCAUUUCUAUUAGUGUUCUGUCAUAAAUGUGUGUUGAAUUUUGAGUUAAUUUGCUUAUUUUUCAGAUGCUUGUGGCCUCUCAGAUGUGGCCCAUGUGGAAAGUUUGCAAGAGAAGUCACAGUGCGCCCUGGAGGAAUAUGUUCGGAGCCAGUAUCCCAACCAGCCUACACGAUUUGGGAAGUUGUUACUUCGUUUGCCUUCGCUGCGCACAGUCUCUUCAUCCGUCAUAGAGCAAUUGUUUUUCGUCCGAUUGGUAGGUAAAACCCCAAUUGAAACCCUCAUCAGGGAUAUGUUGCUUUCGGGGAGCAGUUUUAACUGGCCCUACAUGUCAAUUCAGUAAACAGAAGGAAUGAACAAAGGGGUAAGACUACAAUGGUUAGCGCUUCUUUUGUUGAAGGAAAACGGCUGUUACAAGAGCUUGCUUUCACAAAGAAAGACAUUGUUGUAAAUGACUGUGAAUUUUAAAAUUGAGACAUUCAGCGAACUUUCAAAAUGCAGAUAAAAGCUCCCAGUGUCAUUCGGAACAACUUGCUUCUUAUCCAUUUUUAAGAAAAAAGAAAACGAAAAAAAAUAAGGAAAAGGAUUUUGGUAAUCCUCAAAAGGAAAAUGGAAACUAUAAAGUGCAUUUAAAAUGAACAUUUGGGAAAAUUUAGGAGAAAAUAAAAAGUACGUUUUCUUUUUCCAAAUUACUUGUCCUGUGUCCAUGUAUCUAGCUGUUUUUUGUACUUUCUUUUGUUCCUCCUUUCUGGUUCCAAACCGGCCUAUGUGAUUCUGUAGUACAAGUGGUGUUAUUUUCUAAAACCAUGACUUCUUUUGAAACAGUUAAGUAAUGUAAAAUGUUCUUCAAGAAUUAAAACUAAAUCCACAGCAAUAUAGGAAAAUGCUUAUAACUACAUGCUUAAUGCUGCAAACGCACUUACUCUUAAAAUGACACACAAUAAACUGGACAAGGGUGUUUUUUCGGAGUUCAGGUUCAACUUUCUGACCCAGCUAAAUCAUUUAUCUUUCCAAUUGAGUAUAGACGUUAUGUUCCAGGGUUGCCCUGUUUUGUCACUGCUUAGUUGAGCCAGUCGAACCACAUCAGCUCUUACCGUUUCAUAGAAGAUUCAAGGCAAAACAGCUAUUGCUGAACAGUGUGUGAGAUCGGUUACCAGUAUGUAGGCUAUGCUUUAUGAACCCAUUUCAACUUUGAGCAUCCCCACAUGCACCCAGUUCGAAAUGUUUUGCAUCAAUUUAAAGACAGUUCAAAACAUGUAUAAAGCCUAGCUAUUGAAGGGUGAUUGUGGCUUGUAAACGUAGAUGCAGAUGUAUUAUUAUGUUCAUUUAGGCAGGUAAUGCAUAUAACAUUGUGUCUUGAAAUGUAGGCCUAAACAUCAAUGAAAACAUCUAGCCAUAUGAUAUAUUAUUUUGAAAUUGGAAAGGUCAAGGGUCAUAUACCUUUAAGUACAGCUGAAAUAGUGUUUAAUAGCAGUAUUAUUAUGACAUCCCUGAAAUGUCACCCUCUAUACACUUCAAGCAUUAAGUGCCUGAAAAGCGCGAAGUAAUUUCUUAUCAAAACGUUGUUUCAGUAUAGAACAUUGGGAACACUAUUAGAUUUGAAACUUCAGUCUUAUGCUUGUGUAUUUCACUUGAAAAACAUUAAUUAGAGGCAGUAUUGUUGUAAAUAUAGGUCAAUUCAUUUCAAUGAGUUUUCCUUUAUACAAAGUAUGUGAUUAAGAAAAACUGUGUUUGCUAUUUUUUCGGUAAUACAACGUCUUCAAUUCAGUGGCAGACAUAGCUAGUAGCACUGAAAGUUAUGUUUGUAAUGUAUAUACAUAUUAAGACAAAAAUGUUUUCUUUUUCAUGUAUUUAGACUGUGAAUGCAUGGCCACAGGUCGCUAACCUAUUUUACCUUUGAUAUAUAUAAAUGUAAAUGUUUUUGACUGUAUAGAUAUAAUCUGUGCAUUCAGUACACUAGCCCUUGUAUUUAAAAAAGAAACAAAAUGUUCAACAAUAGGCUAAGACUAAACAGGGUGAGCUGGUCUGGAAAGCUAUUUUGACUUAGUGUUCUGCUCCUUUGGUCUGUGACAGAUGCCUUGUGUGUGUGUGUGUGUGUGUGU